UGGAUUUAUCAGGAACGAAGACCAUUUCUAGCAACAGAAUGUGAUAAUUUACAAGAAGCAGAAAAGUGGAGGCAGCAGAUCAUACGAGAAGUUGCUAAGAAAGUUGCCCAAAUUCAAAAUGCUGGCCUUGGUGAGUUUAGAAUCCGUGAUCUAAAUGAUGAGAUCAACAAGCUUUUGCGAGAAAAGAGGCAUUGGGAGGAUCGAAUCAAAGAGCUUGGUGGGCCAGACUAUGGUAAAAUUGGACCAAAGAUGCUGGACCAUGAGGGAAAAGAAGUACCUGGAAAUAGAGGAUACAAGUAUUUUGGAGCAGCCAAGGACCUCCCUGGUGUCAGAGAACUUUUUGAGCAGGAACCACCAGCACCUCCAAGGAAGACUAGGGGAGAAUUGUACAAGGAUGUUGAUGCAGACUAUUAUGGCUACAGGGAUGAAGAUGAUGGAGUGCUGGUUCCCUUGGAACAAGAAAUUGAAGAGGAAGCUAUCGCCCGAGCACUGGAUGAAUGGGAACGAAAGAAAGAAGCAGGAGAACUGGGAACUGAACAGGAGCAAGAGGAAGAAAAUAUAUAUGCUGUCACAAAAGAACAAGAGGAUAGCGAUGAUGAUAUGGAAACAGACCAAACUGAGGAAGGAAAUCAACCAUUUGUUGCUCAUGUUCCUGUACCAUCACAAAAAGAGGUUGAGGAAAUGCUCGUUCAAAGAAAGAAAAUGGAACUUCUCGAAAAAUACGCCAGCGAGACUCUUAUACAACAAAGCCAAGAAGCAAAAGCUCUACUCGGUCUUUAACACCAUGCGCAUUCAUUUGUUCACAAUAUCCAACUCAAAGCCGAAGGAGUCUCCUACAAAGGUUACUGCAAUUAAUAACAGGUCAAGUGACAUUUAAAGUUUUCAUGGCAACCAAAAAAAUGAUUGACGUGAACAACAAAGCCUCGCUCCCGUUUUUUCUAGGCCGCGAAAACAAUGGUGCGUAGGAUUAGGAUGUGAAGGGACUUGAAAGAAACUCUGUCAAAUAAGCAACUUGUCACAUAAGAAGGCGUGAUAUUCCGCUGCGAUUGGUUGUUAAAAGCCGACCAAUUACAGAAGAGAAGAAUACCGCAUAAAGUGACGCGUAACCACUCGAUUUAGCUGUUUGUAUAAGAUCGGGAAUAUACAGUCGAAACAUCGCUAUCCACAUCAUAAAUUACUCCGUCUUAAGACAAACAAUUAUCGUACUUGGUUUUUAUUGUUUCUUCACCACGAUCAACAAACACAAUCUUUCAUGGAGACAUUGUAAAGUAUUUGUAAAUGAAGAGAAGUUCGCAUGUGUAGAAUGAAGUUUAUAUAAAAAAAACAUUUAAGAGUCGCUGAA